CGGGGCCGAUCUUGCACGCGCUAUAGCUAAGAUAGGCACAUGCACUCCAUUUCAGCUAUCAACUAAUACAGCCACACGCUAAAACUCAGCUGUCGACUGAUACACUCAUAUCCCCAAGUGCGGCUGAGCCUCAACCAGCGAAAAUAUAAAACUAAUCCAUAACCAUGUCCCCUUUCCCAGGUCGCGGCAGUCUUUCCGUGCAUCUCACGGUGCAUAUCCAUUCUUUUCCAUCUAACCCGUCACUCACUCAACCAUGAAGCCCACCCUCGUCGCAGCUCUCGGCUUCUAUGCCGCCGCUGCAUCGGCCUUGCCCAGCUUCCCCGGCCUGGGCAAGCGCAGUGGUUGCCCUGUGGCACCAGCCAGCGCCAUCACCCAGACCCUGACACAGACUAUCGUCCAAACCCGCACGGCCACCGUUACUGACAUCCGCACCACCACAUCAACAAUCCAUCUCCUCCCCGCCACGCAAACCAUCACCCUCUCCGCCGCCCCCACUGUUGUCACUAUCCCCGCUCAAUCCGUGUCCCAGGCCCAGUCUCAGUCCGGCCAGCAACAGCCUCUCACCGUGACUCUGUCUGGUGAGCCCCGCAUCAUCACCGUUCCGGCGGAGCAGCUGCCAGCUGUGACGUUGGCGGCGCCCGCGCAGAGCACCGUUACUAUCACUUUGGGCGGUGGCGCCGCGGCAGCGCCUGCAACCAUCACGAAAACGGUCACACUGGGUGCUCCUGUGACCCAGGGAUCGGAUGCUGCAGGUGCUGUUGCCGCCGUUUCGGCUCCGUCGGCGUCUGUCGUUGCCGGUGCUGCUGGCUCUGCCGCUCAGUCACUGAACGCUGGUGGCGUUGUCCCUCCCGCACAGUCUGUUGUCACAGUGCAGGGAUCUACUUCCGUUGUUACGGUUCCUGGCUCAACUGUCCUUACUACCGUCACGGUGCCCUACAGCACUACUACCAGCGCGGUGGUGGUUGCGCCGUCAGUUGUCACCAUCACUAGCGGUGCGGCGCCCUCUGUUGUUACAGUCCCAGGCUCUACGAUCGUGAAGACGGUGACGCUGUUCUCGACUGUGACGAGCACGCUUGAGGUUCCGGCGUCGAUUGUUACAGUUACUGCGUCUGCAUCCACUCUUGCUGUCGCUGGCUCGCCUUCGGCCGUCACUGUUUCCGGUUCCCCUUCGGCCAUCACCGUCCCUGGCUCUUCGUCUUUGACCACCAUUACCCUGCCUUCCACGACUCUUACGAGCACCGUUCAGAUUCCUGCUUCGGUCAUAACAAUCUCUGGUUCUCCUUCCAUUGUAACUGUCCCUGGCUCUACGUCUCUGACCACUAUUACGCUAGCCUCUACGACGCUGACGAGCACGUUGACCGCACCAGUUUCCGUCGUUACUAACUCCGGUUCUCCUUCCGUUGUUACCAUCUCUGGAUCUCCCUCCAUUGUCACUGUCCCUAGCUCUUCGACCUUGACUACCAUCACACUGCCUUCGACGACGCUUACCAGCACUGUCGAAGUCCCUGCUUCUACUAUCACUGUCUCUGGUACCGAGUUUACAACGGUGACAUUGGAUUCGUCUUCUACUCCAUCGGGAUCUUGUUCAACUGAGAGCACUACCGGGACGGACUCUGCUACUUCGACUGAUGUUUCCACCGAUGCGACCUCCACUCAGGUGUCUACAUUGACUGGAACUUCUUUGGCCGAGAUCGCUACUACGGCUACUUCUUCUACUGAUCCGGCCAUCUCGACCGGAACUUCGUCGGAGGGUACUACGUCCACUGCGGACCCGACUUCCUCAACUGAGACUUCAUCUGACGCUGCAACCUCUACUGAAGUGCCCACAACGACCGCGACUUCUUCCGCCGAGACUACUUCCACGGAGGCAUCUUCCACUGACGCUACUUCGACUGAGGCUACUACUACUGCUCCUUCCGGCCCUACUGGUACUCUCGUCGUAAACGGUGAUUUUGAGACCGGAGACGCGGACCCGUGGACCAUCACUUCUGAAAAUAGUGUCGUAUCAAAUAACUGCCAUGGCGGCAGUAACUGCCUCCAAAUGAUGGUCGACGCUCCACCCACUGCAUUUGUAAACAACCUUAUUCAAGUCAUCAACAUCACACCAGACUCGCAGUACAAGUUUAGCAUGUACAUCCAGAAUGUCGACUCCGAUCGCGUAAUGUGUUCGGUCCGGGCAGUUCUGCAGGGCAUUCGCACUCCUCUUAUCGAAUGGACUACUGUCACCGGAGGCGAUUAUAUGCACCUCACUUCAUCCGUUUUCAUGAACUUGUAUUCAUCGGAUAUUCUCAACAUUGCUGUUAAUUGUUGGACAUUUGUCGAUGACGGAAUAACCUCUGCAAAUGUCUGGGUGGACGACAUCAGCAUCACGCCCGUUACCGUCACUAGCACUGCCUCGGACGAGACUUCUACUGCUAUUACGGCUACUGGAGAUGCUUCCGCUACUGCGCCUACUUCGACUGACGCCUCCACCACUGACAUCGAUGCACCGGCUAGUUCAACUGACGUCUCGGCCACUGCCACCGACGCACAAACCACUUCGACUGGAGAUGUCACUUCUACUGAUGUCCCGCAAACCACUUCGGCUAGCGACUCUACUUCUACUGCCGCCGUCCAGACUACUUCGACAAGCUCUGUUUGCAUUUCUCCCACUAUCCCUGCUAGCCCCAUUGUCGUGAACGGUGGUUUCGAAGAUGGCACCUCUCCUUGGACACUUGACUACACAUACGACAACGGCCAGACCGCUGCUGUUGUCACUGCGUCACCAUAUAGCUUCGUUCACGACGACCUCCACUCAUUGGAAGUAGGCGUUAAGCUCUUGUUUAAUCAACCGACUGUUCCGGAGAUCGGUGACCUUACACAGGAUAUUACCCUUACCACUGGCGUACAGUACACAUUCAGCAUGUGGAUCCUUCGCGAGGGGACCGACACCUCUACAUGUAGUGCCUCGAUCUCGCUGUCAUCAGCAGGAACAGUUUUGGCUGAUACCGUUGUCGAUACCGCCGAGUGGAUUCAGAUCACAUCAGAGCCGUUCACUGCGACUGCGGACUCCGACACCCUUUCCCUCAACUUCGUUUGUCAUACUCUUGGCUACAGGGGUGGUAUGACUUCAGGCAAAUACUGGCUGGACAAUAUCGCCGUCACUCCAUUCGACAGCUGCGCUACCGCCGAGACGACCACAACUGAUGCUCCUACUACAACCGAUACCUCCGCUCUUGCGACAUACACUGAUUGAGUAAUGCGGACGAGCUCGUGGUUUGAUAAAUAGCUAGUGGAAAGAGUUAAUUUUAAUUGGUUGAUUGAAGUAACCACUGUCAGCACCACUGCAUCAGUCUCAAAUUGGAUGUAUUAUGAUUG